CCCUACCCUGCAUUAGAAUCUUAUGAAAUAGCUCGUAAAAAUAACACAAAAUGCGAAAAAAUUACUGUGCUUUCUUUAGGUACUGGUAGUUAUAUACCAGAUCCUUUAAACGCAGAUUUAUAUCAAGAUAUUCUUUUUUGGAAACACAAUAUAUAUAACAUAGUUUUAUCUGCACAAGAAUGUAACGUUAAUCGUGAAAUGCAUUCUAUGCUGGGAAAUAAUUAUCAACGAUGGCAAAUUUCGUUAAACAAGCCGAUAGCAUUUGAUGAUUACAAUAGUAUUUCUAAUCUCUUAGAAUUAGGACAUCAGUAUAUAGAAGAACUUGAUGCUUCAGAUGAGAAUUCCAUAAACAAACUAGUAGAGUCUUUUGAGAGUAGUUGA